AUGGCCCUCACGGAAUCACCAGCCGCACCCCAGGCUUGGGGCCGUUGGCAGCAGCAUCAUGCUGCCAACGAAUACGCUAUGAUGGAUAAUUCGAACUUUGUGCCCUACGAUGCGAGGGCGGCAACGACUGCCCCAAUGAACGGCGCCAUCAUGGCCCCUCAGUACAUGGUCGGAAACCAUUACGGCGUUGCUUCUAUGCCUAACAUGGGACACCCGUGCCCGACUCAGAACCACUUCGCUUACGCCCAAUACGACUCCCCUCCUACCAACAUGAACAUGCCUUUCCGACUUCCCGCGCAGCAGGAGCGCCAGAUGAUGCCUAUUGCGGCACCUGAGCAUGAGGUUCCUCGCGCCAGCUCCUACCCUCAGGAGAGCCCUUCGGCCCAGAACGACCGCCACCGCAGCCCUUCAACCAAGAGCGAGACGAAACUGAGCAACCCGAAGACACCUCACCCCCUCAACACCAAGGACAUCAAGUACAACAAGCCCACCAGUGCCGAGACGGUCAACUUCACUACUGCCAUUGACACUCUCAUGAAGGCGAUCCAGAAGAGAAACGACUCGGAAGACAUCGUGAAGGGCGUGCCUGAGAUCGAGAAGGUUGUCAAGCCUGAGCCCAGAUCUCCUCGUCCCCGGCCUGCACCCCAACCCACAGUUCAGGUUGUGACACAGGUCGAGACUCCCACAGAGUCGUCGGAUGCGCCGAAGCCCAAGAAGUACAUUUGCGACGUGGAUGGCUGUGGCAAGAGUUUCUACCAAAGCACUCAUCUCGAUACCCACAAGCGCGCCCACACCGGAGAAAAGCCUUACGCAUGCAACUGGCCGCGAUGCGGACGCACGUUCUCGCAGCCCGGGAACCUGAAGACACACAUGCGCCGUCACACUGGCGAGAAGCCCUUCCGCUGCGAGCAGUGCAGCAAGGUUUUCGCUCAGCGCGGCAACCUGCAGACGCACAUGGCUACCCACACCAAUGCCAAGCCCUUCGUUUGCAAGCUUGACCAGUGCAACAAGAUGUUCACACAGAGAGGCAACCUCAAGAACCACCAAAACAAGUAUCACGAGAAGACGCUCAUGGAGCUGACCGACUGGAUCGUUUCCCUCUCUGAUAUCGAUGGCCUCUCUGACGAGGACCGAGAGAUGUACUGGUACUUCGCCAACCUUUACAAGAAUAGCAAUAAGGGUAUCAAGGGUCGCGGCAAGGACCGCAGGGUUAGCAACGCCAACCGCGUUUCCAAGUCCCGAACCGCCCCUUCAUCUUAUCCCGUCAAGCGGGUUCCCGGCCCUACCAGCCUGGCAGCAUACAGCUCCAAGCGCCUUCCUCCUCCGGAGCAAUACGUGCACCACCACCAGCACGGCUACGACGUUUACGACACCGACAUGGACCAGUCCUCGAGCGCCAGCAGCCCCAGGUACGACGGUCUUCCUCCCGCCUACCGCGACCGCAUGUACACGCAAUCCACCCACGCGAUGUACUGA